AUGAAUAAGCCAAAUGUAAAGAAGAGUUUUCACGCGCUGAAACGAAAUGCUGGUAUGUGGAGCGAAAGCAAUGCCGUGGGAAUUCAGGGAAGCACAAUAGGAACAAGUGAGGAAACUGUGGUUUCUCAAGGAUUUCCUUGCCAGAAUGUGAGGUCAGCUGUCCCAUUUCCUCCAAGUCACCGACUUACAGCAAAAGAAGUAUUCGAUAACGAUGGGAAGCCUCGUGUGGAUAUCUUAAAGGCACAUCUCAUGAAGGAGGGCAGGCUGGAAGAGAGUGUUGCAUUGAGAAUAAUAACAGAGGGGGCCUCAAUUCUUAGACAGGAAAAAAAUUUGCUGGAUAUCGAUGCACCAGUCACAGUUUGUGGGGACAUCCAUGGACAAUUCUUUGAUUUGAUGAAGCUUUUUGAAGUGGGGGGAUCUCCUGCCAACACUCGCUACCUCUUCUUAGGGGACUAUGUUGACAGAGGGUACUUCAGUAUCGAAUGUGUGCUGUAUUUGUGGGCCUUGAAAAUUCUUUACCCCAAAACACUGUUUUUACUUCGUGGAAAUCAUGAAUGUAGACAUCUAACAGAGUAUUUCACAUUUAAACAAGAAUGUAAAAUAAAGUAUUCAGAACGCGUAUAUGAUGCCUGUAUGGAUGCCUUUGACUGCCUGCCCCUGGCUGCCCUGAUGAACCAACAGUUCCUGUGUGUCCACGGCGGUUUGUCUCCAGAGAUUAACACUUUAGAUGAUAUCAGAAAAUUAGACCGAUUCAAAGAACCACCUGCUUAUGGACCUAUGUGUGAUAUCCUGUGGUCAGACCCCCUGGAGGAUUUUGGAAAUGAGAAGACUCAGGAACAUUUCACUCACAACACAGUCAGGGGGUGUUCGUACUUCUACAGCUACCCGGCUGUAUGUGAAUUCUUACAGCACAAUAACCUGUUGUCUAUACUCCGAGCCCAUGAAGCCCAAGAUGCAGGGUAUCGCAUGUACAGGAAAAGCCAAACGACAGGCUUCCCUUCUCUAAUUACAAUUUUUUCAGCACCAAAUUACUUAGAUGUGUACAAUAACAAAGCUGCAGUAUUGAAGUAUGAGAACAAUGUCAUGAACAUCAGGCAAUUCAACUGUUCUCCUCACCCAUACUGGCUUCCAAAUUUCAUGGAUGUUUUCACUUGGUCCCUGCCCUUUGUUGGAGAAAAAGUGACUGAAAUGCUGGUAAAUGUCCUCAACAUCUGCUCAGAUGAUGAACUAGGGUCAGAAGAAGAUGGAUUUGAUGGCGCAACAGCUGCAGCCCGGAAGGAGGUGAUAAGGAACAAGAUCCGAGCAAUAGGCAAAAUGGCCCGAGUGUUCUCAGUUCUCAGAGAAGAGAGUGAGAGCGUGCUAACGCUGAAAGGCUUGACUCCCACGGGCAUGCUCCCCAGCGGAGUGCUUUCUGGAGGGAAGCAGACCCUGCAAAGCGCUACUGUUGAGGCUAUUGAGGCUGAUGAAGGACAGUUAGCACCAGCAAGAUACUAUAAAGAGUUCAGAGAUACCCAGUGGCUGUGGCAGUGGCCAUUACGAGAACAGUGA